GUAUUUAACCAUGUCCGCUCAGGAGCUCUUUGUUGCUUCAGCUCGUAAGUGUCUGUGUGCAGGUAGAAAAUCGCUCUCUGCUCUGCAGAGUCUGGACCUUGCUGCUCAAAUCUCGGCCGUCGAUCUGGGGUUGAAACCCGCUCUCCUGUACGACAGUAACGGUGCCUGCGCGGUACAAGUGCAGGAGUAUUUGAACUCCCUGCAGUCCCUCGGACUCGUAUCUGAAUCACUUCUCACAUUGGAUUUAAAUGGAAACAGUCUAGUUAUUAAUGCGGGUGCCGUCAGAUCAAAUCUAAAGCAGGUGCUUGGUGAUGACAGUGUGGCUGUGAUCGACGUCUGCCACUCGCUGGAGAAGCCCAUAAUCAUCGAUAUACAAAGAAGAGAAGUGAAGAGCAUGAUACAAGAUUUACAGAGUCUUCUGCAACUCGAUAGUGCUGACAAACCUGUUUGCCUUGGGGAGAAAUGCGAGGAGUGGAACCUUUGCACGGUGUUCGGUCUUUUACUUGGUUACCCUGUCACCUACUGGUUUGAUCAGACUGAAAGCUUUGAAAACUGUCUGUCCAUGACUCCCCUGCUGGUGAUUGCAGCUUCAGCUACGUGUGCAGGCCACAUAUGUCAUCUGUAUUCCUUCAGCGUCCCAGCUGGUCUGCAGGAGGAGGCGAACUGCAAGCUGGAGAACUGGAAGCUUCGUUUACAAAAGAGAUUUGAGCAGCAAAACGUCCUGAAGGAUCUCUGCAUUAGUCAGUCCACAGUCACUCUGCCUGCAGUCUGUUUGUGAUGCUAGGAAAGGCUUGUGAUUGAAAUAAAAUGGUCCAGAAUAUG